AUGCUCUUUUUAGAUUGUGGACAGCGGCCUUUGCUGGAUUCCCCAAAGCAGCUUCGUAUUUCAGGAGGCCUUUCUGCAUUAGAGGGCUCUUGGCCUUGGCAGGUGAGCAUACAGCGGGGCUCAAGGCAUAUCUGUGGUGGGUCCAUCAUCAGCCAUCGGUGGGUAAUCACCGCAUCCCACUGCUUCAGAAAUAGUAACAACUAUAAACUACGAAUCGUGGCUGGAGUGAUUUCUCGACCCAGACAUGGAAAAAGUGUCCAGUAUCGUUCAGUCCAUCAUGUGAUCCUGCAUGAGAAGUUCAACCGAUCGAAUUACGAUAACGAUGUGGCACUUUUGCAUCUGCAUUACCCUCUGUAUUUCACAAAACAUGUGCAGCCUGUGUGCAUAAUGAAAAAUGAAAUGGAGGAGAAACAACUAAGCUUCAGCUCAUGUUAUAUCACUGGUUGGGGCAGCUCAGUGUUUGAAGGAAUGUUAGUUAACACUCUUCAGGAAGCUGAAGUUGAUGUCAUCAAUACUGGAAUCUGCAACCAGAGAAGCUGGUAUGAUGGCCAUGUUAAUGACAACAUGAUCUGCGCAGGAUUUGACAAAGGGGGAGUCGACACGUGUCAGGGUGACAGCGGAGGUCCUCUACAGUGUUACAGCAAAGUCAUGGAGAGAUUUUACCUUUAUGGUGUGACAAGUCAUGGAGAGGAUUGUGCACUGCCAAACAAACCUGGCAUAUACACUCGUGCUAGUCGGUACACCGUUUGGCUGAGAAAAGCUCAAGCAAGAUCUGUAUCUGCUGCCUCAACACAGCUUGACAAGCUCAGGACAGCAGUCACGCACUCUGUCGCUCUAAACUAUCUAAACGUCCCCGUGAUGAGCCCUAGCAUGAAAAUGCUCCUUUUUCUGGUUGCUUUGGGGUGGGGGAUAAUAUUUUAUUUUGCCGCGACCGGUUAUCCGCCCACAGAGUAUGGACUAUGCGGACACAGGCCUGAGAGAGUAGUUGAACAUCGAGAUAAACGGAUGAUCGGAGGUGAGAACGUCAACGUGAGCGUUUGGCCCUGGCAGGUGUCGGUACAGUACCAGACCCGUUCAUCUGCCCCGUUGAGGCAGGUCUGUGGUGGAGCUAUUAUCCACCCAUAUUGGAUAAUGACAGCAGCUUCAUGUGUAAAUUUGCGUCAGAAAGGCAAACUUUUGAUCCGAGCAGGAAGCGAUAGAUUGGAUGUUGAUGAAGCGUACACACAGCAGUCAGAAGUCGCCCGAAUUAUCAGACACGAACGAUUCAAUCCUGUCACACUGCGAUACAAUAUUGCUCUUUUACAAAUGAAGACCCCUUUUGAGUUGAAUGAGUUUGUCCAUCCCAUCUGUGUGCCUGAUGAAGAUACUGCCGAUCACAGAUAUGAAUCGUGUCACAUCACAGGAUACAACGCUCAACCCGGUGAUGAUCUUGGCGUACUGCAAGAGGCCAAGGUGGAUUUAAUGUCACGGUCCUUGUGCAAUAAACCAGAAUAUUGGAACUAUACUGUGUCAGCGGACAUGCUUUGUGUCAGUAAAUUCGGUGGUGGUGUUGACGGAUGUGAGACAAAUCUUGGUGGACCCCUGAACUGCUAUAUCAAAAUUGAGGACCGCUACUUUUUGAUUGGAAUUCGAGUGAAGGCCACUUCUUGUGGAAAACGUAACCGACCAAACAUUUAUUUGAAAGUCUACGCCCACUAUUAUUGGAUUGAGCGUAAAAUGAAUAACAGCUUACAUUAAAGCUGAUUUUACUAAUAUAUAAGGUUUUUUUGUAUAUACAGUAGGCCUAAUUCAAAUAUACAGUAGAGUGUACAUGUGUUAUGAUUGUAUUGACAUCUGAAGAACUAAAGUGAUGAGUAAGAAUCAGAGUAUAUAGUGACCUCUGGUGGACAAAUUAGAAUUUAGCUUGCAGGAGGUUGUAUCCUGAUGUUUUAAUGGUUUGCUGUAAUGGUUUGUUUCAAAUGUCAUGUAAAUAAGAGUGGAUUAAUGCUGAAAAAGUGUGUGUGGAUUGUUUGAGGCAACUAAUAUAAUUUCUUAAUAUGUCCCUGCAUUUAUACCUACACUA